UGUACCAGCUGUUCGGCUUCGACCCUCAACCACUCCCCCCGGAGACGUAACUUAGUGUGCAGCUGCACCAGCAUCCCAGGCCGUGAGGACGCACCGAGCCUCUACCAGACACCAGACGUGUUGCAAGCGGGAUCGCCUUGCCAGCUCGCAGGUUGGAGCUUCGCGAAGACGUGCUGCUGCCGUCAUCGUUGCCGGCCUCAUCGAGAUGGGUUCGCCGUUCGAUAAUGACGACAACCUGCUGCUCAUCACACUGGCCGUGACGGUGGUGUUUCAACUGGCCUUCUUUUUUGUUGCCUUCACCUGCAAGUUUGACAAGGCAAGUGACCGACUUCGCUGGGGGAAGCAACUUCGUUGUGUUAGCGGUCCUGACUCUGAUGCUAGGUGGCGAGUACUACAUGAGGCAGAUCCUAGUCACGGCAGCAGUGUGCUUGUGGGGCACGAGGCUCGCAGGGUGGUUGUUGUAUCGUGUGAUCAAGAUGGGGAAGGACGACCGUUUCGACGACACGAGAGAAAACUUCUUCAAGUUCCUCGCCUUCUGGGUGUUCCAGAUGAUCUGGGUGUGGUCCCUUAGCCUCCCGGUGACCCUACUUAACUCUACUGUGGUCAACCCCGAUCGUUCCGCGAGGGAUAUCGCCGGAGCCGUGAUGUUCGUGAUUGGAUUCAUCUUCGAGCUCGGCAGCGACGUCCAGAAGGAUAUCUUCAAGUCCAACGGGGGGAGAGGAGUCUGCGAAACAGGCCUGUGGAAAUACUCUCGCCACCCGAACUUCUUCGGGGACCUCAUGCAGUGGUGGGCGAUAUUCACCGUGUGUUCCACGAUUUUCGGGCCCGCGGCGGACGCUGGGGAGGCGGACUGGGGGUACGCUACCAUCUGCGGCCCCCUGUUCCUGACGGCCAUUUUGCUCUUCGGCAGCGGGAUCCCGACUGUUGAGUCGAGCUGGAUAAAGAAGUACGGCGGGACCGAGUCCUUCUGGGCCUACAGAGAAAGGACGUCCAUCCUCUUCCCCAUGCCUCCCGUUCUGUUCGAGCCCUUGCCGCAGGUGGUGAAGGCGUGGCUCUUUCUCGAGUGGCCGUUCUACCAAGGUGCAGCAACCAGACCCCAUUCUGCUGCCUCUGAAGAGAGUGUCUUCGGGCCUACCUCAGAACUUCCAUGAAGAUGAUGACCGAUGACCGCACCGCUCACGUCCAUACCGUAGUGGCGACGAAAGAAGAGUUUGCCCCUGAUAGCUACCGGGAAGCCCCGCAGUCCUCCUCCGAUGAAGCCGAUGAAACCAGCUUGUAGAAGGCUCUGGGUUCGAGUCUCCUGAAGGCCACUGCUAGUGUCUCUUGUAAAUUUUUGUCGUCUUACAUUUCGUUGCACUUCUACUGCUGUACGUCGGCGACAGCAAGAGGAAGCAGCCCCCAAUUUUCUAGGCUGAAUUGAAGUAGGAGUCAGGAGUUUGUUGCUUUGCAUUUGUUGGCCUUUUGCAUGUUUGCCUAUCCGCUCGAGACGGACGUCCAGUCAUGGGUCAUGAAUCACCCGGCUUGUUGUUCGUUUCGGCAUGGAUUUAGGUUUGAUGGUUACUCAUGUGCUUUGUCCUGUUCGUGUGGUUUUUUACUGGCGUUAGGGUUAGACUUGAGCUUGUCAAGCGAGUGGUUCGUAUCUCGUAAAGCGUCGGUGUCCUUGUCUCACGUUCUCAAAGCGAAGCCCUACGCGAACCUGGCAAUUUUUUCGUGGUGGUUCGUUGUACGCAAGACAACGUCGGCCGCACCAAAAAUAGUCGGAACUUUUUUUUUUCAACGGUCGGUUAGUUUGUUGGUCGCUAUGGACGGCGUCGCCGCUUUGUCCAUCCAAACAUCCAAACCCCACCGGAUUGACCAGGUGACUGCUUGUGGCACACACAGUAGACUGUGCAUAGUCUAUAGCUCCAAGGGGUAAUACUACGUUCGGUGCACCGACUGCCCUAGGCUUGCCAAUAGAUUUCGUCGACGUGCACGGGGAACAUCGAGACAUUUGAUACACGUGUCGUGUGUGCGUGGCUGCCGGGGAAGGGGAAGGCGUUGAGGAAAGCGAAUCAACUACCCUUAAU